ACAGAGAAAGAAGGAAGCAAGAAGAUUGAAGAUGAUGAUGGUGGUGGAAGACGAAUUUCAAGACCGUGACAAUCUGAGCCUCGACGACAUUGAUCUUUCUCUCCUCAGCCUCUCCUCACCACCCUACGACUACUCUCCCUCCUCCUUCCUCUCCGCCGCUUCCCCUGAAAAAAUCAGCCCCUUGAAACGCUCCUCCCCUGUUUCCGCCGAAUCCGAUCAGCCCAAACGCAGGAAAAUCUCCCCCCAAAACCCAAUCUUGAUCAACUCUCCUCUUCGCUUCACUUACCCGGAAACCCAAUCUUCCUCAGUCGACGACCCGACCCGGUUCCCGAAUCUCACCGCCGGCCAAAUCCGUUGCUCCCACGCAAGCUCUGUUCCCGAGAAGCAAGAAACGUCGCCGUCUGCUUACAACGCAGCAAGAGGAGGAAGAAAAGGGAGAUUGUGGAGAAGGGAUGAGGAUAGAAAGAUCUGGAGAUGGAUUUGGUUCUUUUCUCUGAUAACCACCUCUACUUCAAGCCUCUCUAAAGCUUCACUCGGCUGCGGCACGCGUUUUCACGCGCCGUCGUCAAUUAGUCUUUCUCUCUUCCGCCGUAAUCACCAGCUCACACAUUCAUCUUGCUGCUUCGGCCACGACGAUUGCUCUCUGUCCAAAAUUCAAAUGGAAAUGCCUGAUCUCUCUGCCAACACUGUGAUUGACCAUCCUCGAGCUCUCACCGAUAAAAUAGCCCUGAUUCGUGACGCGGGUCCUUCCAAAUUCCAGGUAAUAGCAGAUUUUGAUGCGACUUUAACGAAAUACCGAGUCAAUGGAGUUCGAGGCCAGACAAGUCAUGGACUCUUGCAGCAAGGAAAUGCAGAUUAUGAUGCUAAGAGGCAAGCAUUAUAUGAACACUACCGUCCUCUGGAGAUUUCUCCUGUGAUUCCCAUUGAAGAAAAAACCAAACUCAUGGAAGAAUGGUGGGGUAAAACUCAUGAUCUUCUCAUUGAGGGAGGUCUAACAUAUGAUGCAAUCAAGAAAUCUGUUGCAGAUUCCUCCAUAGCUUUUAGAGAAGGUGUGACUGAAUUGUUUGAAUUUUUGGAGAAAAAGGAGAUCCCAGUUUUGAUUUUUUCAGCAGGACUUGCUGAUGUUAUUGAAGAGGUUUUGAGGCAGAACCUUCACAGAACAUUCAAGAACGUAAAGAUUGUAUCGAACAGGAUGGUGUUCGAUGAUGAUGGACGGCUUGUGUCGUUUAAAGGAAAGCUGAUUCACGUGCUAAACAAGAACGAACACGCUUUAGACAUGGCUGCUCCACUUCACGAUCAACUUGGUGUUGACGGUAAUGAGGAAAACGAAGGAAAUGCGUAUGUGAAACAACGAACGAACGUUUUGCUUUUGGGAGAUCAUUUGGGAGAUCUGAGGAUGUCUGAUGGUUUGAAUUACGAGACUCGAAUAUCUGUUGGAUUUCUGAAUGACAACAUUGAGAAGAGUCUUGAAAGCUACCGUAAGGCCUUUGAUCUUGUUUAUCUUAAUGAUGCAUCUAUGUGGGGAGCUCUGGAACUUGUUUCUCAGUUAUUCUCAGCCGAAGCAAGUCAGCUGCAAUGCCUGUGACUGAGUGAGCAGCCACGCUAAGAGCAAGACUCUUUCUUCAGUAAUUUGAUGGAAAAUUGGAAACAAUAAUGUUUUAGUUGGAAUACCUGACAAAAAGAACACAAUAAUAUUUCAUUAUAUCAAACGUGGCUGAGUUUAUGUUCAUGUUACGUUUAUAUUGUGUUGGGUAAUAUUAGCGUUCAUGUUCAUGUUUGAAUUUAUCAAUCGUGACUUUUCUUUUUGUUUGUGAAUAUUAUUUGCAUUAAUCCAUUUUUUUUAAUUA